GUGCUGAGUCGUUAUGGUGAGUUCAAGAAGGAAGCUCGUAACAAGCGUGAGAAAUUGGAGGAUUCUCGAAGAUUCCAAUAUUUCAAGAGAGACUCCGAUGAACUGGAAAGCUGGAUUCACGAAAAACUGCAGGCUGCUUCCGAUGAAAGCUACAAAGAUCCCACCAAUUUGCAGGCUAAGAUCCAGAAACACCAGGCUUUCGAGGCUGAAGUGGCUGCUCACAGCAAUGCUAUUGUUGUCCUGGACAACACUGGUACUGAAAUGAUCAGUCAGGGACAUUUUGCUUCUGAUACUAUUCGCAACAGACUAGAUGAAUUACAUCGCUUGUGGGAAUUGUUGUUGUCCAAGUUGGCUGAGAAGGGAAUGAAAUUGCAACAGGCUUUGGUUCUUGUUCAAUUCUUGAGACAUUGUGGAGAGGUUUUGUUCUGGGUUCAUGACAAAGAAGCCUUCGUUACAGCUGAAGAAUUCGGUUCAGAUUUGGAACACGUCGAAGUUUUGCAAAGAAAAUUCGAUGAAUUCCAAAAGGACAUGGCAUCUCAAGAAUAUCGUUUUGCUGAAGUAAACGAUAUGGCUGAUAGACUCGUUUUGGAAGGACAUCCCGAAAGAGACACCAUUUUGAAGAAGAAAGAAGAGUUGAAUGAAGCCUGGCAACGUCUUAAACAGCUGGCUCUGAUGAGACAAGAGAAGCUCUUUGGGGCUCAUGAGAUCCAACGCUUUAACAGAGAUGCUGAUGAGACCGUAGCCUGGAUUUCAGAGAAGGAUGUUGUUUUAUCUUCAGAUGAUUAUGGAAAGGACUUGGCCAGCGUGCAGACUCUGCAAAGAAAACACGAGGGAGUUGAGAGAGAUUUGGCAGCUUUGGAAGAUAAAGUUUCUACUUUGGGUGAUGAAGCCCAACGUCUCUGUUCAAUUCAUGCUGAUCACAGCGAGCAAACCAAAUCUAAGCAGAAGGAAAUCGAAGAUUACUGGCAGAGCCUCACUGCCAAGGCCAAGGAACGUAAGAAGAAGUUGGACGAGUCUUAUUUCUUGCACAGAUUCUUGGCUGAUUUCAGAGACUUGAUUUCCUGGAUUAAUGGUAUGCGUGCUGUUAUUUUGGCCGAUGAGCUAGCUAAGGACGUUGCUGGAGCUGAAGCUUUGUUGGAACGUCACCAGGAACAUAAGGGUGAAAUUGAUGCCCGCGAAGACAGUUUUCGUAGCACUUUAGAUGCCGGUUCCAAGCUUUUAGAUCGAGAACAUUAUGCUUCAGGUGAAGUCCAAGAAAAAUUAGGAGCCCUAACCGAUGCCAAGGCUUCUCUUUUAGCUUUGUGGGAAGAACGUAGAGUUUUAUAUGAACAGUGUAUGGAUUUACAACUGUUCUAUCGUGACACAGAACAAGCUGAUACCUGGAUGGCUAAACAAGAAGCAUUCUUGGCUAAUGAGGACUUGGGAGAUUCAUUGGAUUCGGUGGAAGCGUUAAUCAAGAAGCACGAAGACUUUGAAAAGAGUCUUGCAGCACAAGAGGAGAAAAUCAAAGCCCUUGAUGAGUUUGCCAGCAAAUUGAUUGAAGGAGAACAUUAUUCAGCUGAAGAUGUAGCCGAUAGAAGAAAGAUGCUGUUGGCAAGAAGAUCGGCUCUUCUGGAGAAAUCUGCACAUCGUCGUGGACUACUUGAAGAUUCAUUCAGGCUGCAACAAUUUGAAAGGGAUUGCGACGAGACUAAGGGAUGGAUUAAUGAGAAAAUCAAGUUUGCAACUGAUGACAGCUAUUUGGAUCCAACCAAUAUCAAUGGCAAAGUCCAAAAACAUCAAAACUUCGAACAAGAACUAAACGCCAACAAGUCUCGUAUGGAAGACAUCACCAAUACUGGACACAGCUUAAUUGAAGCAAACCAUUAUGCUGCUCCUCAAAUCGAAGCCAGGAUGAGUGAAAUUGCAGGAUUAUGGGAAGCUCUGGUUAAUGCCACCGAUAAGAAAGGAUGUAAAUUGCAAGAGGCUUCUCAACAACAACAAUUCAACCGUACAAUUGAAGAUGUCGAGCUCUGGUUGUCCGAAAUCGAAGGCCAACUGUUGUCUGAAGACUAUGGCAAAGAUUUGACCAGCGUGCAGAACUUGCAGAAGAAACACGCUUUGCUUGAGGCUGAUGUAGGAGCCCACAAUGACAGAAUUGAUGGAAUUAAGUUAUCAGCUGGUCAAUUCGUCGAAGGUGGCCACUUCGACGCCGAUAACAUUCGCGCAAAAGAAGUGGCCCUGGCUGAAAGAUACCAGGCCCUGCAUGCACCCAUGGCUCAACGCAAAAAGAGACUCCUGGACAGCUUACAGGCUCAACAGUUGUUUAGGGAUUUAGAUGAUGAAGCUGCUUGGAUCAGAGAAAAGGAACCAGUUGCUGCAUCUACUAACCGAGGACGUGACUUGAUCGGUGUGCAGAAUUUGAUGAAGAAACAUCAAGCUGUUUUGGCUGAAAUUAAUAAUCACGAAGCUCGUAUGGCUGCAGUUCUUGUUGCCGGAGCCCAAAUGAUCGAUGAACAACAUUUUGCUGCUCCCGAAAUCAAACAGCGAAUGGAUCAACUGGAAGAGCAAUGGAACCAGCUCAAGGAAAAAGCUUUGAAACGAAAACAAGACCUCGAAGAUUCUCUACAAGCCCACCAAUAUUUUGCUGAUGCAAAUGAAGCCGAAUCCUGGAUGAGGGAGAAGGAACCAAUCGUCUGCAAUCAGGAUUAUGGCAAAGAUGAGGACAGUUCUGAAGCACUUUUGAAGAAACACGAAGCUUUGGUCAGCGAUUUGGAGGCUUUUGGAAAUACUAUUGAGGGGUUGAAGGAGCAGGCUGCUAAUUGCAGACAACAGCAAACACCAGUUGUUGAUGUCACCGGUAAAGAAUGUGUAGUGGCUUUAUACGACUACACUGAAAAGAGCCCUCGUGAGGUCUCAAUGAAGAAAGGAGAUGUCCUCACCUUGCUCAAUUCUAACAACAAAGAUUGGUGGAAAGUUGAAGUCAACGACAGACAAGGUUUUGUACCUGCUGCUUAUGUUAAAAAGAUCGAAGCAGGUUUGAGUGCCAGUCAGCAAAAUUUGGUCGACAGCAGUUCUAUUGGAGCUCGGCAAACCCAAAUUAACAACCAGUACGCUAAUUUGUUGGGUCUUGCCAAAGAUAGGCAACACAAAUUGAAUGAAACCGUAAAAGCAUACGUACUUGUCAGAGAAGCUGCUGAAUUAGCUACUUGGAUCAAGGAUAAGGAGAACCAUGCCCAAAUUGAAGACGUUGGUGAGGAUCUCGAACAAGUGGAAGUAUUGCAAAAGAAGUUUGAUGAUUUCCAGACCGAUUUGAAAGCUAAUGAAGUUCGUUUGGCUGAGAUGAAUGAAAUUGCUAUGCAACUCAUGAGUUUAGGACAGACCGAAGCUGCUUUGAAAAUUCAGACACAAAUGGAGGAUCUGAAUCAAAAAUGGACAUCUCUCCAACAAUUAACAUCAGAACGAGCCACUCAACUCGGCUCAGCCCACGAAGUCCAGAGAUUCCACAGAGAUGUGGAUGAAACCAAAGACUGGAUGGCCGAAAAAGAAGAAGCCUUAGGCAACAAAGACCUUGGAAAAGACUUGCGUUCCGUUCAAGCUUUGCAAAGGAAACAUGAAGGACUCGAGAGGGAUUUGGCAGCUUUGGGUGAUAAGAUCAAACAGUUGGACGAAACAGCAAACAGGCUGAUGCAGUCUCACCCGGAUACCGCUGACCAGACUUAUGCCAAGCAGAAGGAAAUCAACGAGGAAUGGACUCAGUUGACAACUAAGGCUACUAGCCGUAAAGAGAAGCUUUUGGAUUCAUAUGACUUGCAAAGGUUCUUGAGUGAUUAUCGUGACUUGAUGGCAUGGAUAAACUCUAUGAUGGGUCUCGUCAGUUCUGAAGAAUUAGCCAACGAUGUCACUGGAGCCGAAGCACUUUUAGAAAGACACCAAAAUCACCGAUUGGAAAUUGACGCACGCUACGGGAUACCUCAGGAACACCGUACAGAAAUUGAUGCUCGUGCAGGAACAUUCCAAGCCUUCGAAUUGUUCGGAGGCCAAUUGCUCCAGAGCAACCAUUAUGCCAGUGCUGAAAUCCAGGAGAAAAUUGAAGCCAUGGCCGAAGCCAGGGAGGAACUAGAAAAAUCUCGCCUCGGUGACGAGCAGACACUUCAGCAAUUCUCCAGAGACGCGGACGAAAUCGAAAACUGGAUCGCCGAAAAACUCCAAUUGGCAACCGAAGAGUCUUACAAAGACCCUGCCAACAUCCAGUCCAAACACCAGAAGCACCAGGCCUUCGAAGCUGAAUUGGCAGCCAAUGCUGAAAGAAUCCAAAGCGUUUUGGCCAUGGGUGGCAAUCUGAUCGAUAAGAACCAGUGCAGUGGUUCCGAAGAAGCUGUUCAGAAGAGAUUGAGAUCAAUUGCUGAUCAAUGGGAAUUCUUGACACAGAAGACUACUGAGAAAUCAUUGAAACUGAAAGAGGCCAAUAAACAGAGGACUUACAUCGCUGCAGUCAAGGAUCUUGAUUUCUGGUUGGGCGAAGUGGAAUCUUUAUUGACUUCAGAAGAUGCUGGUAAAGAUUUGGCAUCAGUGCAAAAUCUGAUGAAGAAACAUCAAUUGGUCGAAGCUGAUAUACAAGCUCAUGAGGACAGAAUUAAAGAUAUGAAUGGACAAGCCGAUUCCUUGGUAGACAGUGGCCAAUUCGACACAGCAGGAAUUCAAGAAAAGAGAACAUCGAUCAAUGAACGUUAUGAACGUGUUAGGAAUCUAGCAGCCCACAGACAACAGAGAUUAAACGAGGCCAACACUUUGCAUCAGUUCUUCAGAGAUAUCGCUGACGAAGAAAGUUGGAUCAAGGAAAAGAAACUGUUGGUAAAUUCAGAAGAUUACGGACGUGAUUUGACUGGAGUCCAAAAUUUGAAGAAGAAACAUAAGCGUUUGGAAGCUGAAUUAGGUUCACAUGAACCAGCCAUUCAAGCUGUACAGGAGGCUGGUGAAAAACUGAUGGACGUCUCCAACCUCGGUGUCCCAGAAAUUGAACAACGCCUCAAAGCCUUGAACCAAGCGUGGGCCGAGCUGAAGUCUUUGGCAGCCAACAGGGGACAGAAGUUGGGUGAGAGUUUGACAUAUCAGCAAUUCUUGGCCCAGGUGGAAGAGGAAGAGGCCUGGAUCAGUGAGAAACAACAGCUGUUGGGAGUCGAGGAUUAUGGUGACAGCAUGGCAGCCGUGCAAGGGCUCUUGAAGAAGCAUGAUGCUUUCGAAAGCGACUUUGCAGCACAUAGAGACAGGUGCAAAGAUAUUUGUGAUACCGGUGCCAAUUUGGUAGAUGACAAAAAUCAUCACGGUGAUAGCAUUGCUCAACGUUGCCAGCAGUUACAGGGAAAACUGGAUGGCCUUUCAAAUCUGGCCAAACGUCGCAAGGGAUUACUAUUAGACAACUCGGCCUAUCUGCAAUUCAUGUGGAAGGCCGAUGUCGUCGAAAGUUGGAUUGCUGAUAAAGAGACUCAUGUCAAGAGUGAAGAAUUUGGACGGGACUUGUCUACUGUUCAGACUCUUCUUACUAAACAAGAGACCUUUGAUGCCG